AUGUCCAGCGCCAUUUUCCCACGACAGGACUCUGCACCUGAUCCUAAUCUCUCUCCCAGCGAGCAGGUCUUGCAACUCAUCUCAAACCCAUUUCAGGCUUCGCUGCAAGUCAAUGCAUUCUGGGCCUCUCUUGCUACUUCCUUCGGUAUCAGCGCAGGUCUCGCUCUCCUCUUCUGUUUCAUCCGUCCUCGACACGCCCUCGUUUAUGCCCCCCGUUUAAAAAAUGCAGACAAGCAACAUGCUCCUCCACCUCUCGGCAAGGGCUUGUUCAGCUGGAUCAAGCCUGUCAACAAAGCAUCAGAGGACUUUCUGGUUGAUAAAAUCGGCUUGGACGCCGUUCUAUUUCUGAGAUUUACUCGCAUGCUUCGCAACAUCUUCCUCGUUCUGGCUUUGAUUGGCAUCCUGAUCAUGAUUCCCGUCAAUGUCACGCAGGGCUCGGUGUCCGGCUCCGUCUCUGCAUUCGCCGUCAUGACACCUUUGUACAUCUGGGGACGUGGUCUAUGGGCUCAAGUUGUUUUCGCCUGGCUCAUCGAUCUAAUCGUCAUCUAUUUCUUGUGGUAUAAUUACCGCAAGGUCCUUCGCCUGAAAAGAAACUACUUUGAAAGCCCCGACUACCAGAAGAGCCUGCAUUCACGCACCCUUUUGGUGCGUGACAUCUCAAAGCAAGACCGAACCAACGAAGGCGUAGCCCGCGUUCUCAACGAGGUCAAUCCAACUGGCGUUACACCCAAAACCACCGUCGGCCGAAACGUAAAAGUCCUGCCAGACUUGAUUGAAGAAUAUGAGGAAACUGUCCGCAAUCUCGAGUCCAUCCUCGCCAAAUACAUGAAGAACCCUGAUCGCUUACCUGCCAAACGACCCAUGAUCAAGCCUUCCAGCAAAUACAAGGGUCCCACCACGGGCGGCAAAGUUGAUGCCAUCGAUUAUCUGACUGAGCGCAUUAGAUCCAUGGAGAACGAGAUCAAUGAUAUCCGCGAACGAGUCGAUAAUCGAGACCCCAUGCCCUAUGGGUUUGCUAGCUGGGACAGAAUUUCCGAGGCACAUCGUGUCGCAUAUGCCUCGCGGAAAACGCGUCCAAACAACGUAAAGAUUCGAUUGGCGCCACGGCCCAAUGACCUCAUCUGGGACAAUCUGACGCUGUCGAGAUCUUCCAGGAAAAGCAAACGUUUCAUGAACGCAAUCUGGAUCGUACUCUUGACUAUUAUUUGGACGCCUAUCAACGCAGGCAUUGCCGUCUUUCUCUCCAAUCUUUCCAACCUCGGACUUGUCUGGCCAUCCUUCCAGCGACAACUCGAAGCACACCGUACCUGGUGGUCUGUCGUCCAGGGUAUUGCGGCUCCCGCACUCACCUCAAUCGUCUAUUUGGUUCUCCCCAUCAUUUUCCGACGUCUGCAGAUUCGAGCUGGUGACGUGACCAAAACCGCUCGUGAACGUCACGUGCUGCGAAAUCUGUACAGUUUCUUUACCCUCAACAAUCUCAUCGUCUUCAGCAUUUUCUCCGCGGUGUGGCAAUACGUCACCCUUGUCAUCCAAUUCAACGAGCAAGGCAAUGAUACCUGGACCUCCUUGCGCAGGGGCAACUUCUUCUUGGUCAUCACCACCGCUCUUUGCCAGAUCUCCCCCUUCUGGGUCAUUUGGCUCCUUCAGAGAAAUUUAGGUGCGGCAAUCGACCUCGCUCAGCUAUGGCAGCUCACCUACGUCUGGUUCGCUCGAACUUUCAUGUCACCAACUCCUCGACAAAACAUUGAAUGGACCGCACCUCCUGCAUUCAACUAUGCCAGCUACUACAAUUAUUUCCUCUUCUAUGCCACCAUCGCCCUCUGUUAUUCCACCCUGCAACCCAUCAUCCUCGUCAUCACAGCUGCAUACUUCGUCAUGGACGCUUUCAUGAAGAAAUACCUUCUCAUGUAUGUCUUUAUUACCAAAACUGAAUCAGGCGGUCAAUUCUGGAAGACGUUGUUCAACCGAAUUAUUUUUGCCGUCAUGCUUUCAAAUGUCGUCAUUGCUAUUGUGGUCAAGGCGAGAGGCUCCUGGACUCUCGUUGCAGCCAUUGCACCCCUGCUGUUCAUCAUGGUUGGCUUCAAGUGGUACUGCAUGAAGACAUUCGACAUGGACCUAAAAUACCACUCAAGAACAGGUAUGAUGGACACAGAGCGCUUGCCAGAUGGCAAGCCCCAUAAAGCUGAGAAGAUCUCGUCCAAAUUUGGUCAUCCGGCACUUUACAAGCCGUUGAUUACGCCAAUGGUUCAUGCAAAAGCCCAACACGUUCUUGCCGAGGUUUAUCGUGGACGUUUGGAUUCUGCUGGUGGGCAACCGAUGGCCUUUUCCGACAUUGCAAUGCAGCCAAUGGCUCAGACCGGUGCUCCCGAUCAAGACAUGCCGUUUGAGAUUGUGCCAGAAGCUCAACAGGACUUUUCCUACUACAGAGGCCGCUCUGACUUUAAAGAGGAAGCGGGUGAAAUCUUCUCCGACUCCAGAAGUACUACUCCAGUCUCAUUCAUGGCUGGAGGAAAGGAGGAUUUCAGCUACCCAGGGACGGCUGCUUCAUCGAGGGCGAGCAGCCCAGUCUCUCGUCCUCAGCAGCCUCGCCCUGUUCAACGGAAAGAGUUUGACCAGUCGCGAGUCCCAGCUCAAUUCAGGCUGUCACAGCUCGAACCCCCUACUGAUCAGUACAGCGAUCGUGCAAACCUUUUGAAUAAUGUCGGUGACAUCCGUACGCCAAACGGUGAAUUCAUGUCGACCGAUCGUUGGCAAGCUCCAGGCUCUGCGUACAGAGACACCAGCAGAACCAACACUCCUGACGAAUCAAACAACGGUUACGAUUACUUCAGAGGAAGGAGAUGA